GUGUGUUUUAGUCAGUCUGCCUGUUCUGUUCCCCACUCUGUCUCUGGUGAAUCCUCUCACCACCCCCCCACCUCUGGCCAGUACCCCAGUUCUUGUGUGCAUAAAUAAUCUUUAAAAAAAAUUGUUGUCACUAAAGCUGUAGGCAACAAAUUGUCUAACAUUUAUAGUAUGAGUUUUUUUCUUUUGUAAAAUAAGAGCACAUAGAUGAUUUUUAUGUGCCCUUCUGUGAUUUUCAUUUGAUCCUUAGGGUUCAGUCCAGCAGUCAUUACUUCACAGUAUAACAACUCUAGUUACAGUAGGAAAUUGUCAGUUCCAGAGCCUGAAUCUCAGAAGCAUCUAAAUGAUAGAAUUGAUUAAAUAAUUUUUUUGGAGAAAAGAUAAUCUCAUUCAAAAGUCAACUCAUUGACAUGGUUAAAGAAUAGUUUGCCCUAGUAAGAGGUUUUUAAUAGUGAUUUAAUAUGCCAGGUUGUGUAUUACCACUUAGUGAUCGUGGAAAUGGAGGAAUGCAGAUGGUAAUGUAGAGUGCAGUGGUAGUGGUGGGUUUGCUCAGUUGUUUUGAACUCAGUUGCUGGGGAGACUUGCCCUAAAAAUACUUGUCUAUUUGCUAUUUGUUGGAGAUUGAAGGAGGAAAUACAAUAAUUCUUAAGAGAAAACUCCUGACUUCAGUAGAUGUGGCUAAUUGUGUUCCUAUUCUUAGCAAAUGUGGGACCAGGUAUGCAAACUCUGAUGAGGUUUGACAGAGCAUUUCAUAAUUUGCCCAACUAAGUGAGAUGAUGAGACUCCGUCUUGCACAGUUAUUUGAUUUUUGUACAAAUAACUUGAAGCAGAGAUUGGGAGUGACUAGAUUUUAUUGAGCAUCUAUUUUAUGCUAGCCAUAGUUAGGUGCUUUCAUGUGCGCUCUCUUACUUGACCAGAUUUGAUGAUAAAAUAGUUGUUUCACUCGUGUGGGUUGCUCAGUGCUACUAUCCUAAAUCACUUAUAGAUAUUCCUGGGCAUGGUCCUUGUACAUGAGUCCCUGUGGUUUUGUCAGGGAGCCACUGCUAGCCCCCAGAAAGUAUAUGUGGCUUUCAAGAAGGAGCUCCGUUUGGUUUCAUUAAAAGCAAAUAACCCACAUAGCUUUUGUCACCAGAACUUCCUUAUCUCUUCAGAAGUGCUUCCUGUAGGCCUGAUGUCACCAAGUAGGAAUCCUAAACACUUUCCCCAUUGAGAAAUAGUAUAAUUGAUGAUUACAUCUCCAAACGAAAUGUGUGAGCGCUUAUCUGUUAGUACAUGGGUCAUGUGGAAGAGUUCUGUAAUUUAGUCCUUAUUUAAACAUUUGUUUAAUGGAAAGAUUUUGGGCCAUGGUAGCUGCUUAAAGGUUUCACCUUGAGCUAGUGUCAACUUUUCUGGGUUAUGUCCUCAUCAGUGAAAUGGGGAUAUAUUUUGUAGGGAUGUUCAAGAUUAAGUGAAAUAAUGUAGGUAAAACUCAUGGGUAUUUUAUGGGUAUUGGUAGUGUCUCUCCUCCUUCCAUUCUGCUUUUCAGAUAACUGAGUAAAAAUUCUCUGAGCAUAACUUAGUUUGUUAGUGCCUUUAUUAAGAUGGCUUAGCCACAUGCCCCAGGGAUUGACAAUGGAAUUUAUUUUUCUUUCCUGAUCAAUUACAAAUGCUAUUAGAAACUUACUCUUGUUCAGACUUUGGAAUGAGGAAACUUUUUAAGUGGAAUUAAAUGGCUUUGCUUAAGGCAGCUUUCUGCAAUCUGGCAAAUUUGGACAGGAAAAUUAGAAUGCUUUCAUAGUGGAGUUCCCACCUGGAACAUAGUUGGCAGUGAGAAGAAAGGUUAUGCAAUCACAUUCCUUAUCAGAUUUUCAAUAAAGCUUAUUGUCGCUUGAAAUUCUAGAGAAAGUCCCCUACUCCCUUCCUUUCAAUCAAGAAGCUGAUUAUGGAACUGGAGAUGAGUAAAUGAAAAUUAAUCCGACUUUGGCAAUUGGAGAAUGAGAAGAAUGCUAACCCCCAGGCAUCUUUGCUUGUUUUAGCUUCCCAGAGAUUUCCCCAGAGGUCAUGACCCAUGAAUUUUAAGUAUUUUUUUUUUUUAAAAGCUGGACGUUGACAGAAUGAGGAGGAGGAAAAUGGCGCUUGUGGAUUGUAGUGCCUACAGCCAAGCAGCAGCCAAGCAGGGCUUUCUGUGCCUAUAGCACCCAACCCAUUCAAGGGUAUGCGGAGACCACCUAGGCAUGCAGGCAACAAAGCCACGGAACCUGUGGACAGCCCACUGCUAUCAGCUAUACUCAGCCUCAGACCACUGCAACCUGUGGGCAGACCACCUCUCCAGUUUCUUAUGGACAGCCUCCCACUGGUUGUGCUACUGGAUGUGCUCCAGUUGCUCCUCAAGUGGACAGUCAGUGCAAGUGAACACAAGAUAUGGUUGGCAUGGAAUUGAAUUUCACCUGUUUGUGGGAAUUAUAAACAAGGUUGCCAUCACGAAAGCCAAAGUGGAUUUCUCCAGUGUAGUGUGCCUGCCCCCUUCCGUCAUUGCUGUGAAUGGGCUGGACGGAGGAGGGGCUGGCGAAAAUGAUGAUGAACCAGUGUUGGUGUCCCUGUCUGCGGCACCCAGUCCCCAGAGCGAAGCUGUUGCCAAUGAAUUGCAGGAGCUCUCCUUGCAGCCCGAGCUGACCCUGGGCCUUCACCCUGGCAGGAAUCCCAAUUUGCCUCCACUCAGUGAAAGGAAGAAUGUGCUGCAGUUGAAGCUCCAGCAGCGCCGGACACGGGAGGAACUGGUCAGCCAAGGGAUCAUGCCGCCUUUGAAAAGUCCAGCUGCGUUUCAUGAGCAGAGAAGGAGCUUGGAGCGGGCCAGGACAGAAGAUUAUCUGAAACGGAAGAUUCGUUCCCGGCCUGAAAGAUCGGAGCUGGUCAGGAUGCACAUUCUAGAAGAGACCUCGGCUGAGCCUUCCCUCCAGGCCAAGCAGCUGAAGUUGAAGAGAGCCAGAUUGGCUGAUGACCUCAACGAGAAGAUUGCACAGAGGCCUGGCCCCAUGGAGCUGGUGGAGAAGAACAUUCUGCCUGUGGAGUCCAGCUUGAAAGAGGCCAUCAUAGUGGGCCAGGUGAAUUACCCCAAAGUGGCGGACAGCUCUUCCUUCGAUGAGGACAGCAGCGAUGCCUUAUCCCCUGAGCAGCCCGCCAGCCAUGAGUCCCCGGGCUCAGUGCCGUCGCCGCUGGAAGCCCGGGUCAGUGAGCCGCUGCCCAGUGCCGCCUCUGGAUCCCCCAGUCAGGUUGUUUCUCAACUCCCAGUGGGCCCGGAUUCUGGAGAAACGCUUUUCCUGACAGAGCAGCCUCCCCUGCCUCCCAGCCUCCCCAAUGGAACCACCGUCCCUGCCGCCAGGCCCUCCCCAACACUCAUUAAGCAAAGCCAACCCAAGCCAGCCAGCGAGAAGUCGCAGCGCAGCAAGAAAGCCAAGGAGCUGAAGCCAAAGGUGAAGAAGCUCAAGUACCACCAGUACAUCCCCCCGGACCAAAAGCAGGACAAGGGGGCGCCCCCCAUGGACUCCUCCUAUGCCAAGAUCCUGCAGCAGCAGCAGCUCUUCCUCCAGCUGCAGAUCCUCAACCAGCAGCAGCAGCAGCACUACAACUACCAGACCAUCCUGCCUGCCCCCCCAAAGCCGGCAGGCGAGGCUCUGGGAAGCAGUGGGGCGCCCCCAGUACGCAGCGUCUCCACCUCCUGCAGCAGCAGCUCAGGCGCCCCUGGGCCCGGUGGGCUGACGCGUCAGAACAGCUCCUCACAGGCUGGCAAGCCAGGAACCCUGCCUGCCAACCUGGACGACAUGAAGGUGGCAGAGCUGAAGCAGGAGCUGAAGCUGCGGUCGCUGCCUGUCUCGGGCACCAAGACAGAGCUGAUUGAGCGCCUGCGCGCCUACCAAGACCAAGUCAGCCCCGCCCUGGGGGCUCCCAAGGCCCCUGCCGCCACGUCCAUCCUGCCCAAGGCCGGCGAGGUGGUGGUCGCCUUCCCGGCAGCGAGGCUGAGCACGGGGCCUGCUCUGGUGGCAGCAGGCCUGGCGCCGGCCGAGGUGGUGGUGGCCACAGUGACCAGCAACGGAGUGGUGAAGUUCGGCAGCACGGGCUCCACGCCCCCCGUGUCCCCCACCCCCUCGGAGCGCUCGCUGCUCAGCACGGGCGAUGAGAACUCCACUCCCGGGGACGCCUUUGGUGAGAUGGUGACAUCACCUCUGACGCAGCUCACCCUGCAGACCUCGCCCCUGCAGAUCCUCGUGAAGGAGGAGGGCCCCCGGGCGGGGUCCUGCUGUCUGAGCCCUGGGGUGCGGGCAGAGCUGGAGGGGCGCGAUAAGGACCAGAUGCUGCAGGAGAAGGACAAGCAGAUCGAGGAGCUGACCCGCAUGCUCCGGCAGAAGCAGCAGCAGGUCGAGUGGCUCAGGCUGCAGCUGGAGCAGGGGAAGCAGGCCCAGCAGCCCGCCCCGGCCGCUCUGGGCGCCCCGGUGAAGCAGGAGAACAGCUUCCCCAGCUGUCCACUGAGCCAGCAGCCCCCGGGCCCCGCUCAGCCCUUCAGCCCCAGCCUGGCCGCCCACCACCACGUAGACGCCUGUGCCCUGGUGCCCUCGCCUGUGGUGGUGAAGCAAGAAGCCGGGCUGCCUGAGCCCGAGCUGGCCUCCACCCCCCAGCUGCUUCUGGGCCCGCCCGGCCCCGGCCGCAUCAAGGGGGUCACACCUCCCACCCUCAUCACCGACUCCACAGGGACCCACCUUGUCCUCACCGUGACCAAUAAGAAUGCAGACAGCUCUGGCCUGCCCGGCGGGAGCCCCCAGCAGAGAGGCCAGCUGUCCCCCACCAACGGGUCAUCGGCGGCCAGCUCCCUGGUGCUGCCACCCUCCCAGCCCCGCCUCGCCACGCAGCCCGGCCAGGAGCCUGGGUCCCCGCCGGGGUCUCCAGCCCCUGGACCGCCGGCCCAGAGGGACCUGGAGCCCCCGCCGCAGCCGCUCUUUGGGAGCCCCACGUCUCUGCUGAAGAAGGAGCCGCCGGGCUACGAGGAGGCCGUGAGCCAGCAGCCGCGGCCGCAGGUGAAGAAGGAAAACGGCUCCUCCAUCCAGCAGAUGGACGACCUGUUCGACAUCCUCAUUCAGAGCGGAGAGAUUUCAGCGGAUUUCAAGGAGCCAGAGACAGAGAAGCGCCCCGCGACAGCUGCCUGCGGGGCCCCGUUGGCUGCGCCGUCCCCACCCGCCCCCGAGCAGCCCCAGGCCGUCCCGGCGGGCUCCCCUGCGCUCCCCGGCCGCCUGGAGGACUUCCUGGAGAGCAGCACCGGGCUGCCCCUGCUGACCGCCGGGCACGAGGGGCCCGAGUCCCUCUCGCUCAUCGACGAUCUCCACAGCCAGAUGCUGAGCAGCUCGGCCAUCCUGGACCACCCCCCCUCGCCCAUGGACACCUCGGAACUGCACUUUGCCCCUGAGCCCGGCAGCCUGGGCCUGGACCUGAGCGACGGCCACCUGGACAGCAUGGACUGGCUGGAGCUGUCGUCGGGCGGCCCCGUGCUGAGCCUGGCUCCGCUCAGCACCGCCGCCCCGAGCCUCUUCUCCACAGACUUCCUGGACGGCCACGACUUGCAGCUACACUGGGAUUCCUGCUUGUAGCUCUCGGCCUACAGGGCCGGGCAGGAGCGCUGAGGCGCGGGCCUCGGGAACCUGAGGGAGCGUGACUGUCCCAGCCUCGCCGCGUGGUCGUGAGUCCUGACAAUCUACAGCCCCCGCUGCUCCCUCUGUGGGCGCUGGGCCGGGCCUCCAUGGAGGGGGAUAGGCUGCCCUGGGUAGCUCUGGGCCCCGUCCUGGGGCUGUGGGGGCCUGGACAGGCCCGUGGGGGGCGAUUCUACGCGGCCUCCUUCUGGGAGGUGGGAGGGGCCCUGUCUGACCGCAGUGUGGCUCAGGCAGGAGCGGUCAGGGGCGAAUCUCCUCCCUCCCCCGCUUUCCUGCAAGUGAAGAAUCUGGGCCUUUACCUCCCCGAGAUGCUACCCCCCCCCCCAAGUCCCAGGAGGGGGCGCCCCGGCCGCGCUCUGUACAGUGUACAUACGCCCUCUGUAGCGCCUACGAGUACAUAGAUUUUGGGGGAGCGCGAGGGGGAUGCGGCUCCCUCCACAUCCCAACCAGGAGGGUGUGGGGCUGCCCCGUCCUCCAGCCCCGCCCAGCACGUGUUGCCGUCGCACGACUCCAGCAGUGCCCCCCCCCCUUCCUGCUCCUUAUCAGUGCCACGAGGGCAGGGGUGCCACCCGCCCACAUUCCAUCCCACUGCCUCACUGCCGCCGCCACGGCCCUGACAGGAGGGGCAGAGGUGGCCGCCACCCGCCUGGGGUCUCUCCUGCCUCCCGGCCCGUCGCUGUCACGCAGAGGGCGCUGGGAAGGGGAGGGGCCGUGUGAAUUUUUUAAAAUAAAAUCACAAACACCGUUUGUUGGUCCGUCUUGUUCAAUCCCCCGAGGGGGCGGGUGGCAUGGCCUGGCCGUGUGUGUUCGAGACGGUUCCAGGAGGGGCAGCGCCUCGGACGGAAGGCCGCGCGGUCCUGCGGGACAGAGGCGGGCGGCACUUUCUCCAAGACGGUUUAUUUACAGAGAGGUCAAGGCGCCCCGAACCCCCCCCCCCUUCCUGAGAAGAACCUGACGGGCGCGCCUACGAGGUUUUUGGUUGGCACCAGCAGUGGAGCUGGGGCGGGGCCCCCACAGGCACGACAGGCUGAGCCGGGCCCCUGCCUUCUGCUGCCACCGGUGGUGGCCCCGAGCGCCCUACCUGGGUGCCCGGCCUCAGCUCCAAGGCGUCUUGCCUUCACCCCACAGCUUGG